AAUUUUAGUUUUGCAUACUAUUGUCUUUUUUCUCUUUUUGUUAUUUCGCUUUUUUUUGUUCUUGUUCCUUAUAACAAAAUAAAUAAAUAUAUAAAUAAAAUAAAUAUAUUUUUUUAAGAUGAUGUUAAUAACACUUAAGAGUAAAAUUCCAUGAGCUGUAAAAAAAAAAAAAAAAAUAGAGUGAAUUACGGCUAGAGACAAAUACAUUGUUAAUUAUAGCUUUCAAACAUUUAUGGCAAGAAUCAAAAAAAUAAUUACAAAGAUACUCUUUCUCAAACAACCAUAAAAACAUUCUUAAUAUUUUGUUCUCAUCAUAAUAGUACCAUAGUCAAUCACACUAUCAAAAAAAAAAAUUCUCUCUUUUUACAUCACAUCAAAUUUUGAAUUCAUGAUUAUGGUUAUCUAACAAAAAUGGAAUGUUCAUAAUCACCUCACCAAUACCAAAUCCAUCUUGUGUCAUACGUUGUUUCACACUACCUUUUUUUUCUACAUAUAGAGUUCAAAAUCUUCUUUUUUAUCUCAUAAAAAUCAUUUUUUUUUUAUAGAUUCUGUUCUGGGUUUUGGAAGAUCAUAAGAUGAAUGAUCUUAGAGAUAAAUUUCCUAUUGGAAUGCGUGUUCUUGCUGUUGAUGAUGAUAGAACAUGUCUCAAGAUUUUGGAAAAACUUCUCCUAAAGUGUCAAUACCAUGUAACCACUGCUCAAAACGCGAUAACGGCGCUGAAUUUGUUGAGAGAAAACAAAAACAAUUUUGACUUAGUAAUCAGCAAUGUUCAUAUGCCUGACAUGGAUGGAUUUAAGCUGCUUGAGCUUGUUGGACUUGAGAUGGACUUACCUGUCAUAAUGUUUUCGGCAAACGAUGAUCCGAAGAUGGUGCUUAAAGGAAUUACUCAUGGUGCUUGUGAUUAUCUGUUGAAACCUGUUAUACUGAAAGAGGUACAAACCAUUUGGCAGCAUGUAAUCAGGAAGAAAAAGACUAGCAAAAGAAGCAACCACGACGUGCGAAAUUCUGAUGGCGGAAAUGGAAUAGAUUCUGCUUUGACAGGAAAUUCUGAUCAAAAUGAUAGGCCUUCUAGUUCUAGAAAAAGGAAGGAAAAGAAUGAAGAUGAUGUUGAUGAGGAGAAUGAGGAUGAUCAAGAUAAUGAUGAUCCAACUGCGCAAAAGAAGGCUCGAGUUGUUUGGACCCCUGCCUUACACCGCAAGUUUGUUGCUGCUGUUAAUCAAUUAGGCAUCGACAAGGCUGUGCCGAAAAAGAUUCUUGACUUGAUGAAUGUUGAAAAGCUUACAAGGGAGAAUGUGGCCAGCCAUCUUCAGAAAUAUAGACUCUAUCUGAAAAGGAUUAGUGAAGGGGAAAACCAACAAGCUAAUAUGGCAGCAUUGUUAGGUAGUUCUUCGGAUACAUCCUAUUUAGGAAUGACUUCUCUCGGUGGCUCUACACAGUUUCAUAACAAUCCUUUCAAAUCCUUUGCAUCUGGUGGUAGUAGGAGUAAUAUAUUCAACACUCCUACUAAUGUGAAUAUGCACGGAUUCUCUUCUUCUGGAACCCCUCAGCUGAAUCACACACAUAAUGGUCAGCUAAAGUUCCAAUCGGCCAUGACUCACGAUAAUCUGAACAAUGUUCUAAAAAUGCCGAUGUCUUCUGCAGGACUUGAUCAAUUGUUACACAGUAAAGGUAUUACUGUUAGUCCUAAUAUUCAAAACAUGACCAAUAAACUUCCAGAUUAUUACAAGCCAAAAGUAACAAUGAGUUGCACAAACAAUGCCUUGAUUUUAGAAUCGAAUCCUCAAGAGAAACAAGUAGCCUCUCAGAAUUCACAGUAUCUUCCUUCACUUGAAAACCGAAGGUGCAAUGGUAUUUGGUCAAACACUAUGCAAUUACCUGGAACAAACUCUUAUCUUCAAAGAGAAGGUUUCGGCCAUGGUUCUGCGUCUCAUAAGGAUAACAGAAAUGCUGCUAUACCUCAUACAGAAGCAUAUGAAUUAUGCAAUAAUGUGCCAUUUCAAGGUCGGGACAAUAACCAUAAUAAUCAUGAUGGAAGUUACCAUUCUUCUCAUGUGGUUGGAAGUUCAAUAGGCUCUAUGAAUCCUGCUGUGAAUGCUGUUGAACCAGAAGAAAACUUGGACUAUAAUUAUUGUGAUUCGCUACAAAUGAAGCGUGAUCGUACCACUGAGCUAACAGAAGGACCGUCAUUCAAACCACAUCAGGCAUAUAUGAUGAACAACCAGAUGAAGUUUCAAAACAGUGGAAUCUCUAAUAAUCCUGGUUCACUCGAAGACGCUUUCCGUGACAUGAUCAAGCAGAAACAAUUAUAUGCUAAUUUCUCUGGUGGGACAAUGUGACAGCAAGAUUUGAAGUAGACAUAUAUGCAUCAAUUGAAUCCAAAAUUUUGUCCUUAAGUUAAGGGUUGCAGAUUUUCUUAAGAUUGUUUGUUUUCAGCAAAGGGCUUUUUCUCAAAAUCUCUGAAAACACAUUGUUUUUCACUUUGCUCAUUAGUACUUUAUGGAUUUGAUACAAUUUUUUAUUUUGUCAAAAAAAAAAAAAAGAUAAUU